UCUCUGUUUUUUCGCAGGGCCUUACAUUGCAUCAUUCAUUUCUUAUUUUUCAGCGAAACUCAGACAAUUCCCAUUCUCUCGUAUUUUGUUCAAUCAAUUUUCCUAUUGCUUUCUCUUUGCUUCUUCCCCUCUUGUACGCAAACCCAUCAUCACAUUUGGGUUUGUGUACUACAUUCAUAUCCUUCUUGUCCCCAUUUUUCAGGCAAGCCAUCUUCAGUACAAUCUAAAACUCAAAAUGUUUGGGUUUAGAAAAGCACCACCAAAGCCUGCAACUACCGGCGCCGAACCGGAAAAGAACACAACCAUGACACAAGAUAGGCGAACCACUUCAGCGCCUGUUCUCCCCAUGCCAAAGUCUAAAGGGAACUAUUUUGAUGAUGAUGAUGACGAUGAUUGGGGGAGAAAGCCUUCCACCACUAAAUCCUCCGGGGGCCUAGAGAGCAAGAGUGUUCAGGAGCUUGAGGACUAUGCAGUGAACAAGGCUGAGGACACGACGAGGAGCGUUAACAAUUGCCUGAGGAUUGCUGAGGACAUUAGAGGGGAUGCAGCAAGGACCCUUGACAUGUUGCACCAGCAGGGUGACCAGAUAACAAGGACUCAUAAUAUGGUUGUUGAUACUGAGAAGGAUUUGAGUCGGGGUGAAAAACUCCUAAACAAUCUUGGGGGCAUGUUCUCAAAACCCUGGAAGCCAAAGAAGACCCGGGAAAUCCAAGGCCCUGUAAUUACCUCAGAUAAUCCAUCCAAAAAGAAUGUGAAGAACAAGGAAGACAGGGAAAAAUUGGGCUUAGCUCCUUUGCCUAAGGGACACUCUGCUCCUUCCACACCUGUUCCUGAAUCAGCCAAUGCCUAUCAGAAAAUUGAUUAUGAAAAAGCUAAACAAGACGAUGGACUCUCAGAUUUGAGUAAUAUCUUAGGCGAUUUGAAGGGUAUGGCAAUUGAUAUGGGAUCAGAACUUGACAAGCAAAAUAAAGCUCUUGAUCAUCUUAGUGACGAUGUAGAUGAGCUGAACUCUCGAGUUAAAGGUGCAAACCAGCGUGCACGCAAAUUAGUAGGGAAGUGAUAGAUAAUAGGCUUCAAAUCCUUCUAUAAUAUUUGAUCAAACAUUACAUUGAUUUAGCUCAAUGACAUAGUGUGACCCAUAUAGCCAUAUUUUCUAUUCUUGUUAUGUUGUUCUCACCCUUUUUCAGUCGAGGUUAUGAUGUUUUCACUUAUUGAUCGUGAUUCAUCAUUUGUUUGUAAAUUUUCAAUAUAACCUUUUUUGCUGAAAGCAUUUGACAAAUUAUAUAGAUUUCGUUCCUGUA